AUGAUUGCUGAAGAUGUCGAAUAUUACUCUAAACAUUCGUUGUAUUGCAAGUUCCUGGGUUUAAGAGUUUCUCUCCAAUUUCUGGAAAACUGGGCUCAGAAAGUGUGGGAACCAGAGGGCGAAAUGGAGGUUACGCUGCUAGCAAAUAAUUUCUUCAUGGUAACUUUUCUUUGUAUGGCUGAUCGGAAUAGGGUUUUUGAGGGUGGACCCUAUUUUUAUAACCAGGUGGGGCUAUUCGUCAAACCAUGGCAUGUAGGAUUUAAUCCUUCUGAGGAGCUUCCAAAUCGGGUUCUGGUGUGGGUUCGGUUACCCAGAUUCCCUAUAGAAUGCUGUCGCGAGGAUGUUCUCCAUAUGCUUGCAUCGAUGCUCGGGAAGCCGGUGGGUCCUUCAUCACAAACCUUGGGUAAGAAAGUUAUGACCUUUGCUCGAAUUUGUGUGGAACUUGAUUUGAGUAGACCACUACCUGAUGCGGUAGAGAUGUGUGCGGGCUCACAUUCCUGGGUGCAACAACUGGAUUAUGAGACCCUUCCUUUUCGAUGCCACCUUUGUCAUGAUUAUGGCCAUCUUGUGAGAAGAUGCCCAAAGGCCAAGUCAGUGGAACAGCAAAUUUUGCCUCCUCCUCGUGAUAAUCCUAGUGCGGACAAAGGGAAGAAGCCUGUUGUUGGGGAGGGCAAAGAUGCUGAGGGCUUUGUUCAGGUUAAGGCUCGUAAUCGCAACAGAGGCCAGAAGCAGACUCUAAGGGAGUGA